GCAUAGUUACUGCUGCUGCUGCUGCUGCUAUUUGGAUUUCUGUACACGCACGUAGAAUUAAGAAGUCCGUAAUAUAUACAUAUAUAUAGAUAUCGUCAGCCAAGUGUUGUGCGCCGUGUGCGAGAUCAACGUUUCUUUUUUUAAAGCUCCUAUCGUAUUUUUGUUUUACUUUUGCCUCUUUUUUUUUGUAAUAGAGCAAAAAAAGUGUGUGAAACGGCAACGGUUCUCGGCUGGUACGAGUAUCAAUAGUUCACAGUUUCGGUGUGCUAUUCGUGCGCGAUUCCGCGGCGUUAAAACACGUCUCGUGCAGCCAUAACCUCGCUCGUGCACUGGGGUUACUUGGCCGUGGCCUUCUCUCGCGCACACACACCUCGUUCCUUUUUUUUUUCCUCUGUUGUUGUUGUUGUUGUUGUUGUUGCCCGUUGCGCGAACGAACACUGUGUUAAAAAAUGGCGCUCAAUCCCUCGUACGAAGCCAUCGGCAAGGGUUUCGUUCAGCAAUAUUAUGCCAUGUUCGACGAUCCUGCCCAGAGGCCGAACCUCAUCAAUAUGUACAACACUGAAUCUUCGUUUAUGACGUUCGAAGGACAGCAAAUUCAGGGUGCUAUCAAAAUUAUGGAGAAACUUAACAGUCUGACUUUCCAAAAAAUCAACAGGAUAAUAACAGCUAUAGAUUCACAGCCAAUGUUCGACGGUGGCGUACUCAUUAAUGUAUUAGGAAGGCUGCAGGCAGAUGAUGAUCCACCACACGCCUUCUCGCAAACUUUUGUGCUGAAACCAUUAGCAAAUUCGUUUUUCUGCGGACACGACAUUUUCCGCCUGGGCAUUCACAACACAAUGUGAGCUAAUUAAUUUCAGCGCCGAGCUCUUGAUAAAAAAAAAAAAAAACAAAGGGAGACCAGUUACUGAUAUUAAGUGAUAGCAGAUGAAUUAUUAAAGAAAAAAUAAUAAGUAAUUGUGGAUGAGCAAGUUAAUUCUUUCAUUGUAAAAAAGAGGAAAAAAAAAAAAUAAGAAAAGAAAAACGCCGAUCUUUCAAUGUCGAGUACAUAUUAUUGUAAUGUUUGCAUCCCUGUUUAGAUAACACUGUUUUUUAUACGAUGCUGCUUACGUAACAGCGCUAAGAGGAUAUAAAAAUAAAUAAGUUUAACAAUAA